CGGAGAUGGGAUAUUCAGAUCCGCGCGCACUGAGUGACAGCCUCCAAAUGCGCCGAGAAACUCUGCUGCUGCUGCUGCUGCUGCUCGUGCUCCUCACAGCCCUCUACACACACGCACACACACACACACGCACACACACGUACAUGCGCAAACACCCAUGCAGCUCUCGCGCACGCACGCGGCGCUGAAGCUCUCUGUCUCUCUCUCUUUCUGCGUGUGUUCGCGUUUUAUUUCUAUUUAUGCGACAUUAUAUCAGCUUUAAUUAGUCUCCAUCUUAGCGGAAGAAGUAGCGAGGCGCGCGCCAGGUAUUUCUAUUCCUGCACUUCUUGUUUUUUUUUUUUUUUUUUUUGUGGGAAAGAAAAUCAUUUUAGAAAAAGAAGCAGAAGAAAAAGAAGAAGAGAGAUAUCGCGCGACUCGUUUGCGUUUUCAGGUUCGGGCUCCUUUUUUCUCUUUUUUUUGGACAAAAGACUGGAUGCAAUUGUGAAGAAAAAGAAGAAGAAGAAGUAGUAGUAGUCCAUUUUUCUGUCAUUCUGUCUUUAAUUUUUUAUGUCCUUUUUUUUUUUUUUUUUUUUUGGAAGAAAACACCGGAUCUGUUAGAUGCAUUAGAAGAAGAAGCGGCGCGCGACUUCACUUGUGCAUUUUCUCUUCUUCUUCUUCUUUUUUUUAUUUUUAAUUUUUAAGGAAGAUCUCACCUUAACCAUCGCAUGCAUCACCAGAAGACGUGAAUCCUUCUGAUUUUUUUUUUUUACUGUGUAAAGAAACAUCGGACUUCUUCAUGCUUUAGGGGAAGAAACAAGAAACAGUCGCGCGACACACAUCUUUUUCUCUUUUUCCGCCCUUGUUCUUUUUUUUUUUUUUUUUCCAUUUUACACAUGCUUUAAGCACAGUGUGUUUUUUGGACACUUCACACUCAUGCAUUAGCGCCGCGUCUGGUGCGCGGUGUGUGUUUUUAUUUUUAUUGUAGUAGAUAUAUUGGAGUUGUUUUUGUUUUCCGGCGCGAUGUCGUAUCCUCAGGGUUACCUGUACCAGCCCGGCCCGGGCUCUCUGGCUCUCUACCCGCUCAGGAGUGAAGAGCUCGAGCUGGCCGCGCGCUGCUCGUCUUCCUCCUCGUCUUCGUCUUCCUCCUCCUCAUCCUCCUCGUCCACGGGUUCUGCGUUCACUCCGUACCCCGCGUCCGCCGCCUUCACCGCCUCCGCCACGGGCGGCUUCGCGAGCGCGCUGAGCUACCACACCGACCCGGCCACCGGCUUCCCCUCCUACAUGGCCUCCCCGUACGACCCCCCUCCCUCGGCCAUGGCGGCUCCGCUCGGGUUCCCGCCAUACGGCAGUGCGGGAUUCCCGCCGCCCCCGUACCAGCUCAACGACCCCGCGUACCGGAAGAACGCCACGCGCGACGCCACGAGCACGCUGAAGGCCUGGCUGAACGAGCACCGGAAGAACCCGUAUCCCACCAAGGGCGAGAAGAUCAUGCUGGCCAUCAUCACCAAGAUGACGCUCACGCAGGUGUCCACGUGGUUCGCCAACGCCAGACGGAGACUCAAGAAGGAGAACAAAGUGACGUGGGGCGCGCGGGCCAAGAGCGAGGACGAGGACGAGGAGGAAGGAGCGCGCGCCGAGCGGAAAGAGGAGGAGGAAGAGGAGGACGACAAGCACGCGGACAACGGAGACGCGUCCGCCGAGGAUGAGGGCAUCAGCCUACAUGUGGACUCUCUGACUGACCACUCGGCCGAGUCGGAUGGAGAGAAAGUCCUCUGCAGGAUUGACGACUUCUCCUGCAAACCUUCUCCCGAAGCAAAAGAGAAACGCUCUGAGAUCGACCUGACCUCGGCUCACGGGGGUCACGGGGGUCUGUCACCCAAACCCAUGACCUCGUCACCUCUGACCGGGGUGGAGGCGCCGCUCUUGGACGCGCAUCGCGACAAAAACAAGACCUGUGCUGACGUCCAGAGCCAAAACACCAAGCCCAAGCUCUGGUCGUUGGCUGAAAUCGCCACUUCAGACCCCAAACAGCCGCUCCAGAGCCAGAACUGCCCCUCAGGGGGCGGGAUUUGGACCUCCAGCCAAUCGGGCGCGGCUCCCUCAGCGUCCAUCUUGGCCAGGCCGAUUUAUUACACUUCUCCUUUUUACGGCAAUUAUGCCAAUUAUGGGAACUUCGGGCAGGGGAUCCUGCGCUACGGCUCGAUUCAUAAACACACUCCUGAGACGACGAUGCUAAAGGCUAAUCACGCUAAUCACAUCCAGACGGAGCAGCACUUCAGGGCCUUGAGCGCGGAGGCCAAGAAAGCAGACUCCGGUGACGUGUGCACACUCGGACCUCAGUCUUACCUCUCGAGCUAAAGAUGAAGACGACGAGCAAGUAGGCGUCAUCAAGCGAACCAUCCUCCUCCUCCUCCUCCUCCUCUUCCUCUUCCUCUUCCCACGCUGGCGUUAAAUCAUUUCCCCGUACACCGGAUCAUAUUUGGUGUCACCUACAGUUAUGAAAUUUCUGAUAAAUAAGGACCUAAAUGGACAGCAGGUGUGUUAUUGGACAAGACGUGUGCGUUUUAUUGAUUAAAGUAAUUAUCUAACCCGUAAAUAAGGACACGGUUUCUCAGGAUCCCUAAGUUUCGCUUCAUUGCCACCCUGACGGUACGCGGGAAACGUGGAACGUUAUUUCGAAGACUUUUUUUCAUUUGGGCCUGGAUGUGACACACGGAAACGCAGGAAGACGACACGGCGCCGGUGAAGAGUGGAAUAUUUGAUAUUUAUUUUUGUAAAUGAGGGCAAGUCGCCUGUAUAAUUUAUGCAAGUUGUAUUGCAACGACACACAAAAACCCCCGACGUUUUGUUUGUUUGUUUUGUAAAUAGAUAACGGUCGGUUUUUAUUUAAAAAGAAAAAAACGGGCGAGGGUGUACACAAAAAUGUUGUUAAACAAGAAGACUUUUACUAAUUUAUAUCUUGCAUUGUAAAUAAAAAGAGACGUGCUAACGUGCACUGGCUAAUUUC